CAAUUCCUUUCUUUCUUUGUGUCUUUAAUAGGUGGCAGUGGCAGUGGCGGUGGUGGCGGCGGCGGAGGCGGCGGCGCUGGUGGCGGGUCGGACAUAUCCAAGGAUCACUGCAACAAGACGGUGGACAUCUUCGAGGACAUCAGCUCGCCGGAGGUCAGCAAUCAGAAUGUGGGUCGACCCCUGACCUGCUGGUAUCGCUUCCGCACCCUCAAGGGAGCGCCGCUCGACUUUGUGCUGCGUCUGCGGUUCAAGAAGUUCAAAGUAGGUCAACUGCUGAAUGCGACCCACUGCGAGGGCGGAUAUUUACAGAUUGUUGACGGCAAUGCCAAGACGGAUGUCUCCAAUCGCCGGGAGCCGGGCAUGUUCUGCGGCGAAGCCGAGCAGACCCAGACAUUCAUCAGCGAGACGAGCUAUGUGAAAGUGCUUUUCCACACGGACAACUUUACGGAUCAGACCUACUUCACAUUCGAUUCACGCGCGGAGCAGCAAACCGAAGUCUAUUUGCGAUAUGGCCAGCAUCCGGAGCUAUAUCCAAACCGUCGCGGCGAAGUGGUUCAAGGAUCCUAUUGUGAACGCGAAUAUCGGGACUGUCGUCUGCAGACUUGCUAUGUCCAAUCACCGGCCAAUCCUGGCCUGUGUCCUCGCGCUCUGAACUGUCGCUAUAAGCUGCACACCCGCCAGCCCUACAUCAAGUUAUAUCUGCAAAACGAACAGUUCGCUGUGGAUGGUCAAAGAUGCGAGAACGUCAUGACCUGUCCGAUCUGGCCCAUAGGAUCGGGCAGCGAGCACUGCCCCUUCGACUGGCUGGCGGUCUACGAUGGAAGCGAUGAGCACUCGCCGCUUAUAGGCAAGUUCUGUGGCCUCGGCAAGUUCCCAUUCAGCAUCAUUGGCACAUCACAAUAUAUGUAUGUGGAGUUUGUUACAUCGCCCGCGGGGCCGCUGCUUAAUACGGGCUUCCAUUUCAAUGUUGGCAACUGGCCAGGCCACGUGGAGACGGCCGGCAUUAAGCAUGGGGUCUGCGACUGGCUGCUGAGCUCCGACUCACUGAAGGACAGCAGCGCCAGCGAGGGCAUCUUCCUGAGCAUUGCCCACUGGUAUCCGCCGAAUACGUCCUGCAGCUAUCACAUCAAAGGACAUGUCGAGGAAAUUGUGCAGCUCUAUUUCCCUAGCUUCCGCAUCAAUCGCAUCGAGUCGCCGAUCCUGAAGUACGUGGGAGACUGCGGCGAAUCGCUGACGAUCUACGAUUCGGACCACGCCGAUCCCGCUCGGAUCAUCAAGACCUUCUGCGACACCUUCUCGCGGCCAAUGGAGAAGGUGGACUUUGUGAGCACCAGCCCCUCGCUGUACGUGCAGUUCGACUCGAAGACGGGCAGCUACAGCGGUAGCUCACUGUACUACUGGGCCCACUACGACUUCUUCAACAACACGCGCUUCGGCGACCCCGUUCCGAACACCCUGUGCGACGAGGUGAUGUACGCCUGGAAGCACCCGGGAGGACGCCUCCGGUCGCCCCUCAAUUCGCUGAUCUUCAAGCGUACGGGCGGCAGCGAUGUGCGGUGCCAGUACAAGUUCGUGACGGACAAGAGGCUGUACGCACGGGCCAUUAUCGAGGUGAAUUCGGUGUCCUUCAAGGAGCUGCCGUACAACAGCAACGCGUGCACCAGGUGCCACGAGGAGCGGGUGGACAAGCUGGUCAUCUGGGAGGAGCGGGACAAGUACCAGAACAGCCUCGCCUGCUUCUGCGACAACAUACCGCGGGCGGUGCGCGUCAUCUCGUCGGCGGACCAGAUGAACCUCGAGAUGAUCGUCCAGGGCCAGCACGCCAUCACCUCCUACUUCAAGAACCCCAAUCCGCUUGAGGCCACCUACGAGUUCGCCCACGGUCCGCUGUGCGGCCCCAUCACGAGGGGGCCCUCGCCGGACGGGGAGCUGGUUUUCCCCUACAAGAAGGCCCUCGCGAUGGUGGCCAGACCGAUGGCUCCGCCCGAGCACCACUACCGCCGCGAGAAGUGCAUCUGGGAACUGAAGGUGGCCGCCCAGCGGGACCUGUGGCUCAAUCUGGAGAAAACGCGCUUCGCCGACCGCAGCUGCGAGAGUGCCAAGAUCGAGGUGUAUCUGGCCGGCCGCCUGGAGCCGCGCUUCGUUGUCUGCCCGGAGAACAUAUCAAUGGCCCGGGACCUGCCCAUCCUGACCACGGCCGAGCUGGGGGCCACCGGGGCCGACCAGGAGCCACUGCCCGUGCUCAUCCAGUACACGGGCGACGGGCAGCCGGGACGCAACAUUUUCCGCCUGGUCUGGAGCGAGCUCUUCCACCUGCCGCGCAAUCCCGACGGCAGCCUGGCCGCCUCCCUCCUGCAGGACGCCGGCUGCGACUUCCGCUGCCCCGGCGACACAGAGGUCUGCAUACCCCGCCACCUGCUCUGCAACGGGGUGGCCAAUUGCCCCAACGUGACGCACUCCUCGACGCUCGACCAACUGACGCGUCACAUCGAGUGGAACCUCGAGCAGCUCGGCCUCCUCCACCACGCCGGCGAGUACUGCCAGCUGGUCCUGCACGACGAGUCGCCGGAGAUCUGUCUGCGACGGGACCUCAGCGAGCUGCCCUACGGCAAGCUCUCUCUCAUCGCCCUGGGCCUGUGCCUGAUGUUCGCCCUGCUCUUCGCCAUCUUGCGCCGGAUGUGCCGUCGGUCGCCCAAGCAGUCGGUGUUGCAUCAAUUUCAGGAGGAUUACUAAAUAAACAGACAUUUUGACAGACAUUUCAGAUAUGAUAUUGACCUUCAGGGAGACUGGGCGUAUAAGGAGGGUGAUAGCGUAACAUUUCUGGGGAGCUAAUGUAACGAUUGGAUCAGCCGAGAGAGCUAGUUCGGCACCGUAAUGGCCGUGGCAGAGCAUACACCCUCUAUGGGCUAGGUUUGGGAGGUCACGAAAAGGGGCAUAGGAAAGGGUGAUAGAUUUAACAGCCCAGAUUGUCAACUUUCUCUGGCAUUUC